CGCCUCUCGUCCCUCCACUCCCGCCCGUCAAAUCUGCCUCUUGAUUCUGUUCACACACAUCAGCCCAACGAUGGCCGCCAGCUGCUGUUGCUCUCAUCAAGACGAUCAGAGUGUGUUCAACGUCAAGAGUUUGUUACUUUUUCUUCACUUUCAGUCUCAUGACUAUGCGGAUUGAUGAAAGUGUCAUCAACCCACUUUCUCUAUCAGCACUUUUGCUUGGAGAGGUUUCUUUUCUUUUAUCUUCUCAUGCAGAUUCGACUUUUUCUCUCGCGUUCUCUCUCUCUCCCUCUCACUCACUCUCCUUCUCUUGCCCCCCAUCCUUCCAGCUGACCUUCCAGGCUCUUGGUGCGGAGGGCUAACAAGGCAGUCGUCAGUCCUUCAUCAGACGAGGGGCAUCGACCAUCUCUUGUCUGGUUGCGGCCUGAAACCUGACAUGCCUGAGGCAAUCACGUUUCUGCGCUAAAGGUCUGACUGGACUGCCGUAGCCACUCAUAUCAGAGUGCCCACCGCCUUUCGGGUCUAGCUUCAUGUAAGUACUGGUACCUGGGUACCCUGUUUUUCUUACCCACGGGCUUUGGCUUUUCUGCCCUCGUCUCCCGUCUCCCUCUACUCUCUCUCUCUCCUCUCGUCUCUCUCCCGUCCCGUCGCCGCCUCCGCCCUUUUCCCUCUCCAGUGCGUCCGGCUAGGCUGUGUCGCCUGGUUGGCCGGACGGCUGGACUGGGCUGGCUGGUGGUAGGCCGGUAGCCAGCCAGUGCUCCCCAGCAGCACAGCGACAAGCCGUCGCGCAUCUCCCUCGCCUACAGGCAACUCGAGCUGAGUGAGAUGCACCCAGCAUCCCAGCAUCCCCCAUCCGCCGCACCCUCCUCUCUGCCCCCCAAAAGAUCCCAUACCGUGUGUCGGUGGCCUUCGACUACAGGACCCCCCGUCUCCAUCCAGCCCGCGCACCAAAGCACAAGACAGAGCGACCUGACCCAACCCAGCAGUACAGUUACUGUUCCUUCCCCGUUCGCCCUCUUCUCUCUUCACUUUUGGCUUGGCCUGGUCUCUCUCUUUCGCCUGCACGUACUGGGGGAAGGACUGGGACCUGUCUCGCUCAACUCGCACCGCACCGCACCAAGCACCACCGCACCCGCACCCGCUGCCGCUGCGCUUUCUGCUACUCUCCUUCGGGGGACCCAUCCUUCCAUCCUUCUCCUUCGUGUCGUGCCCCCUCUCUUCUUCUCUUUCAAUCUCUUUUCCACCCUCAUCCUCUCGACACAAACCACCCUGUCCUCCCUCGCUUUCGGUCGAAACACUCGGAUUCCUCCUCAUCCCACGUCUCUCGACUCGAUACAACCACUCGAACCGUCCCAUUCCUCUCCUUCGACGAGGCGCAACCGUACAGCCCUUCCCUCGACUCCGUCUGCCCUUUUGCUUCGGUUUCUUGGACACACACUUCGCGAUCACUCGAAAACUUUUCCACCACACGCCUUCAAGAAACUUUUGUGACAGUAACGACAACAUCGAUUUUGCAGACGGUCACUGCUGGCGAUCCGGCAAUCCGCUUUGUUUUGCGUUCCCACGCCUUUUCGACGCCCUGCCCUUUGAGCCAGUCUCGACUCCCCCGUCGAGUCUUGUCCUCGAACUCGCUGAGAUCUCUCGACCCGACCACUCACUGCCCACCGACGGAUGAUCACGCCACAACGUCUCGCUGUUUCCGCGGUUCCUUUGACGGCUGGCUCCUGUGCGUUCAGACAGGCGUCGUCAUGCUACCCAGGUCGCAACAGUAAUCAGCUCACGCAUACCUCGACACCAAUCCCCCAUUACGAGGCGAAUUU